AUGGAUAAUGAUUUCAAAGACGCAAUUGGAAUUUGUGUGUCGACCCAAUUCAAGCAGAUUCAAUUAAAUUAUUUCCAUGUGAAAAGAAUGGGAAAAUAUACCUCCAUCACCUCAAGACCGACGUUUAAUCGUACCGUCACCACUAACACUCAAAACUACAGCACUCCAGGAUCUGGAAACCGCGUGCUGAAAAUUGUGACCGAGAUGUCAUCCUCAAGCGUUGCAAGCGGGUUGUCUCCAUACAGCCAAAAUGCGGCGUCGACUAUUCGUGAUGCGCGAGAGCGUGAGAAGAAAGAGAUUAUGGGAUUGAACGACAAGCUUGCCAGCUACAUCGAGAAGGUUCGCUUUCUUGAAGCUCAGAACCGAAAGCUCGGAGCUGAUUUGAAUAUGUUGAAAUCGCGCUGGGGAAAGGACACUAGCAGCGUCAAGAGCUUGUAUGAGCUUGAGAUUAGCGAGGCCACCAAGGUUAUCAAUCAAACCGGAAAAGAAAAGGAUGAACUUGAGAAGGAGAUUAGAAAACUUCAAGAUGAACUUAAUGAAUAUAGAAAGAAAUUUGAUGAAGCUACCCGCGGAAGAACUGAGGAUCGCAAGAAGCUGGACGAUUUGCUUGUCGAGUUAUCCAACUUGGAAGCUGAAAUUAACCUUCUCAAGAGAAGAAUCGCUCUUCUCGAAGAGGAGAUUGCUCGCCUGAAAAAGGAGAACAUGAGACUGAUGCAAGAGCUUCAGCGUGCUAGAACCGAACUCGAUCAAGAAACCUUGAAUCGCAUUGACUAUCAAAACCAAGUCACUACUCUUCUUGAAGAGAUUGACUUUAUCAAGCGCACUCACGAUCAAGAGAUCAAGGAACUUCAAGCCCUCGCUGCACGUGAUACUACCAAUGAGAACCGUGAAUACUUCAAGAAUGAGCUUGCCUCGGCAAUUCGCGAUAUUCGCAACGAAUAUGACCAAAUGAUGAACGGAAACCGCACCGAUUUGGAAUCGUGGUACAAGCUUAAGGUUCAGGAAAUUCAAACCCAAUCUGCUCGGCAGAAUAUGGAACAGGGAUACCAAAAGGAAGAAGUCAAGAGACUCCGUACCCAGCUUGGAGACUUGCGCGGAAAGCUUGCCGAUUUGGAAGGAAGAAAUGCGCUUCUCGAAAAGCAAAUUCAAGAGCUCAACUACCAGCUCGAAGAUGAUCAGAGAUCUUAUGAAGCUGCACUUAAUGACCGCGAUGCUCAGAUUCGCAAGAUGCGUGAGGAAUGCCAAGCCCUUAUGGUUGAACUCCAAAUGCUUCUUGAUACCAAACAAACCCUUGAUGCCGAAAUUGCCAUUUACCGUAAGAUGCUCGAAGGAGAAGGUGAUGGUCCUGGCCUUCGUCAGCUGGUUGAACAAGUUGUGCGCACCACCGGAAUCAAUGAAGUUGCCGAUACCGAAACGAUGCGUGUGGUCAAGGGCGAGACCUCCAGUCGCACUUCCUACCAACGUUCCGCAAAAGGAAACGUGUCAAUUCAGGAAACCUCGCCUGAAGGCAAGUUCGUUGUUCUUGAAAACACCAACCGAUCCAAAGAAGAACCAAUUGGUGAAUGGAAGCUUAAACGCAAGAUCGACGGCAAGCGGGAGAUUGUGUACACUUUCCCAGCGGAUUAUGUGCUGCAACCGUUGAAAUCUGUCAAGAUCUUCGCUCGCGGACAUGGCGUCGCUAAUCCUCCUGGUGUUCUCGUUUUCGAAGGGGAAGACACUUUCGGCGUCGGCUCGAACGUGCAGACGAUUCUCUACAACAACCGUGGCGAGGAGAGAGCCACGCACAUUCAACGUCAAAGCCAGACCAAUUCAUAA